AUGACUACUUCCGACAUCACCCCCUUCGAAAUUUCAGUCCCAGAGACCAUCCUCGCUCGUACUCGCUCGCGACUCUCACUCUAUGACGACCUUCCAGUCGAGGUAGUCGAGGAAGAUGAUCCAUGGGCACGCGGCACACCCAAUGCCGAAAUCGACCGUCUGGCACGGUACUGGCGCGACAAGUUCGAUUGGCGCACGGUCGAAGCUCGACUGAAUGCCGAACUACCGCAAUUCACGACCAAGAUCGACGUCGAUGGGUUUGGUGCCUUCGAUGUCCACUUCGUCCACGCGACGAGUAAAGCCGAGGGUGCUAUUCCGUUGAUCUUCGUGCACGGGUGGCCGGGGAGUUUUCUCGAAGUCAGCAAGAUUCUGCCUCUGCUGGUGGACGCGAAUGGAGAAGGGAAUGGUGAAAAAGGAACACAGUCUUUCCACGUCGUGGCUCCGAGUUUGGUCAAUUUUGGAUUUUCACAGGGAUGUGUCAAGCCAGGAUUCGGCGUCGACCAGCAUGCCGAAGUCUGUCAUAAACUGAUGCUGAAACUUGGCUAUGACCGAUACGUGACGCAGGGCGGCGACCUGGGCUACUUCACCACCCGGUUCAUGGCGCUAAAGUACCCUGGCCACGUCCAAGCUCAGCAUAUCAACAUGGCCAUCCCCGCCGAACCGACCGCGACGUCCCACGCGGAGCUCUUCGCGGAAUGCCAGUCCACGCCCCUGAACGCGUGGGAGACUGCGGCGGCCGGGCGCAGCGUGCACACGAUGCGCACGGGCUUGGGAUACUACAACAUCCAGGCGACCAAGACGCAGACCAUCGCCAUCGCCGUCACGUCCUCGCCCGUCGGGCUGCUGGCGUGGAUCUACGAAAAACUCCACGGCUGGACCGACGGGUACGCGUGGACCGAAGACGAGGUCCUAACGUGGGUGUGCAUCUACGCCUUCUCGGCCGCGGGCCCCGAAGCGAGCAUGCGCAUCUACUACGAAGAGACGAACCGGGCGGGCGAGUCGAGCGUGGCCGUCGCGCAGCGCGACAGCGGCGACGUGAAGGUCGGGGUGAGCCAGUUUCCCGCCGAGUUGACGCCGCCGCGGGAACUGUGGUUGCACACGCUGGGGCGCGUGGUGUUCACCAAGCAGCACGCCCGGGGAGGGCAUUUGGCCGCGUGGGAGGUUCCGGAGUUGCUCGUGGACGACGUGAGAGCUACGGUUGAACGUGUCGGUGGUGUGUCUUUUUAA